AUGAAGGCUCGGAGGGAUGAAGUCCGCGCUGCAAAGGCAGCAGAGAAGGACGGGAAAGCUGUGGGCAAUGCGCCGACGUCUACAUGGAAGCCGACCCGCAGCUUGCCGAGCAUUUACGCUCGCUUCGACGACCUGGGGGGCGAAGAGCUACAGUUGCUGGCAAAUCGGCUGCAAGCUGGUAAUACUAGCAGUCAGACGCAGUUGAAUCUGCGCGGGAAGUACCAUGCGCGAUACAUGAAGGAUGCGUAUCCGAUCGCAGGCUCGCAGCUGACGCUCGAGAAGCAGCGCGAGAUGGAGGUCGCCGCUAAGAAGAAGCUACUGCUUUCCGAUGCGGCUUCGCUCGCUGAGAGGAGUUCUUAUAGCUCUCAGAAGAAGGGUGGCGUCCUUAGCCUUGGCUUAGACCGUGCGCACGGACGCUCAAAGCAGGAGCAUUAUGUUGGUAAGCUCACAACACACCUGAAAGGCGAGCAGGAACAGGUGCGACGGUCGAGGGCUGAACGGCAAAUCCGGCUCUGUGAGGUGCAGCACCGUGAAGGCAUGGAGCAGUUCUGGAGGCUGAUGCAUGCAUCUCCAAAGCGUGAAGUGAUCGCCUGGUUAAAGUUCCACUCGUUCUUGGACGUUAACGUACCUGUACGUCUUGCCUUAAAGGACAACGCGAGUGAGAUUGUCGUGUAUGAAGACAGAACGUUGGGGCUGACGCCACUAAUGGCAGCUUGCCGCGCCCUGUGCGUUGAGCUCGUGCGAUGCCUGCUGGACCACGGCACAGUGGUGUGGCUUUCUACCGCUAACGGGGAUACGGCUUUGCAUUUCUUAUGGAGAAAUUGGACGCUUGGAACUACAGAUUCUGUGAAGGAUGUGGCUGCGUUGAUAUUGCGGAGCCAGCACGUUCAAGAAAUCAUUAAAGACCUGAUAGCACGAGGAUGUGAUGUCAAUGCCCAGAACGCAUUCGGGGAGACAGCACUGCAGUUUUGCUCUCGGUAUGGUCUUCACGACUGUGCGAAGUUGCUUCUAGCUAACGGUGCGGACCCCUUCAUUUGCGACCGAAAGGGAGUAUCCGCCGUGCAGUAUGCACGGGAUCAUAAUUACGAGAGUUUGUACCAAUUGCUUCUUCACUACAACACGAUUGAGCAAGUUCGCUUCAAAGAAAAAGAGCGACAGGAAACAGCUACUCUGCUCAACCGAAAACGCGGGGCGUUGGCUGCUACUUGGUCUCAAACACCGGAGCAUUUCUUCACCAAACUGAAGGUGGAGCAGGAGCGUGCAGGUCAUCUGCGGAAUCAAUACGUCGACUGCAGAGGGCAGGUGAUUGUAUGCUGUGAUGACGACGACUAACCCUGCCGGUUAGACUACGAAAACUUCAGCACUCAACAACAAACUGGCAUAAAAAUCGUCUAGAUUGUGUUAUU